CGUUUCCAAAAAUCAUCAUCAUCCCAAAUUGUAAAAGUUUAGCCAAUUGGACUAGUUCCUAAAGAAAAAGAACCAAAUAACCAACCAUAUCAUAUAAAAUGGGUCCAUAUGACCAAAACCCAUGACCCUAACAACAUCCAUGUCAUGUGCCCCAAAAUUGCUAUUUUCUCUCUCCUCUUUCUUAACCUUAUCAAGUUGUUGUUGUUGUUGUUAUUGUGUUGAUGUUCACCCCAAAACUAAAGUCCUUAAUAUUUCCCACCCCUCUAAAAAAAAAAGGUCCAUUGGUCCGUCCGUCUUCUCCAACUAUCCAAUUCCCCAAGCCCAUUAUCACUUUCUCUCUCCUCCUCCUCCCAUACUUUUUCUCUCUCCUCCAAUUCUCCUUCUCCGGUUGCAAAACCCUAGAUCUCUCACCGCCGUUGACGCCGCUGCUCUCCCCCUCCUUUCUCUCUAUCAUCCGUUGAUUUGGUCCUCCGAUCCGUUUCUGUGUUCUACCGGUUUCCAGAUCGCCGAAUUUGUUCUGGCUUCAUUUUCACCAUGACGACCACUGAUGAAAACAAUGAACAGGCAGAUUCACAACAGACUGAUGUACAGACAAGAACUGAUGAUUCGGUGAAGGUAAAACCAGAGCGAGCUCAGCCUGAACCAGAGCGGGUGGAUAUGGAGGUGGCAAACUCACAGCCUGUUGGCGAACAAGUUGAUCAACAGAGUGGUGGUAAACAGGCUGAGUCAGAACAUCCUGAGCAUACUGAGCUUCCUCAGCCUGAGCCACUCAGUGAAAUGAUGGAUUCGGAACAAGCUGAUGCACCAGCUACGGAGGCAGAGUAUGAAAAUUCUGAAGCAGAGCAUCCUGUGAUGGUGCCUAAAGAGGCAGAGAAUGCAAAAUCUCAAGCAGAGCAUCAAGUGCCUACAGAGGCAGAGAAUGCAAAAUCUCAAGCAGAGCAUCAAGUGCAUACAGAGGCGGAGUAUGCAAAUUCUCAAGCAGAGCAUCAAGUGCCUACAGAGGUGGAGUAUGCAAAUUCUCAAGCAGAGCAUCAAGUGUCUACAGAGACGGAGUAUGCAAAUUCUCAAGCAGAUCAUCCUGUGAUGGUGAAACCAGAACAUGUUGCACCAGAGCCAAUGCACAUGGAAAUGACAAACUUGCAGUCUGUGAGGGAACAAUCUUUUCCGCAUGCUUCUGGCGAAGAACAUAUGAGUACCGGGCUUGCUCAUCCUGAGCCGCUUGGCGAGGAAGUUGUUUAUCAUCCAGCAGUCAGUAUGGAGGAUGGGCAUCCACAAUUUGUCAAUUCAGGGCACUCAGUCAGUGCCGGGCAUGUGCUUUCGCACCCGGUCACUCUAGAAAUGGUUCAUUCCCAGCCUGGCAGUGAAGACUUUACGUUUUCCCAGCCUCUUAGUUCUGAUAUUGUGCAUUCACAACCUGUUACUUCUGAGGUUGUGCAUUCCCAGCCACUCAGUGCAGAGCUUGCGCAUUUGCAACACGGCAAUCUAGAGCCAGUUCACUUUCAACCAGUUGGGGCAGAACAUGUUGGUUCAUAUGCUCAUGGAGGUGAACUUGUGAAUUCCCUUGCUGUUGGCAUGGAGCUGAUUAAUACACAGCCUCUCAGCACGGAGGUCCCUAAUUCACAGCAAGAAACUCCUGAGACCCAGCCUAAUAAGCGCCGGAAGAAGAAAUCUAUAGUCUGGGAGCACUUUACUAUUGAAACUGUUGGUGUUGGCUGCAGGAGGGCCUACUGUAAAGUGUGCAAGCAGUCAUUUGCAUACAGUACUGGUUCUAAGGUUGCUGGGACAAGCCACCUGAAGCGUCAUAUCGCAAAAGGGACUUGUCCUGUUGUUCUGCGUCAGCAAGAGAAGAAUCAGUUGUCCCCAUAUAUGCCAAAGAGUGGCGGAACUGAUGCGGCUACUGAACACCAACCAAAAAGGCGUUACAGGAGCUCUAGUUCACCGUAUCUCAUAUUUGACCAGGAUCGUUGCCGACAUGAGAUUGCUAAGAUGAUCAUCAUGCAUGAUUAUCCACUUCACAUGGUUGAACAUCCAGGAUUUGUUUCCUUUGUCCAGAAUCUUCAGCCCCGUUUUGAUAUGGUGAGCUUCAACAUUGUACAAGGGGAUUGCGUAGCAAUAUUCUUGAGGGAGAAACAAAAUCUUCAGAAGUUUAUUGAGGGAAUUCCAGGGCGAAUAUGCCUGACUUUGGAUAUGUGGACUUCCAGUCAAUCAACUGGGUUUGUUUUUGUUACUGGGCAGUUCAUUGAUAAUGAUUGGAAGUUGCAUCGGAGACUUCUUAAUGUUGUGAUGGAGCCCUUUCCGGAGUCAGAUAGAGCACUCAGCCAUGCUAUUGGUACUUGUCUGUCUGACUGGGGCUUAGAUCGCAAAUUAGCCUCAAUUACUUUUAACCAGCCAAUAGGUGAAGCUGCACUUGAAAAUCUAAGGGCCUUGCUUGCCGUAAAAAACCCAAUGCUUCUUAAUGGCCAGUUGUUGAUCCGGAGUUGCAUUGCUCGUACUUUGAGUAGCAUGGCACAAGACGUAAUAUCUGCGAGCGAAGAAACCAUCAAGAAGAUCAGAACCAGUGUGAAAUACGUGAAGACUUCAGAAUCUCAUGAAGAAAAGUUUCUUGAGUUGAAGCAACAGCUUCAGGUGCCAUCUGAACAGAGUCUCUCUCUUGACAACGUGACAAAAUGGAACACGACGUAUGAAAUGCUUGUUGCUGCUUCUGAGUUGAAGCAAGUAUUUUCUUGCUUAGAUACAUGCGACCCUGAUUACAAAGAUGCCCCUUCCAUGGAUGAUUGGAAUCAAGUUGAGAACAUCUGCAUGUACCUUAAACUUGUGUAUGAUACCGCAAAUUUGCUGUUGACAAAACCUACUCCGUCUUCAAAUGUGUUCUUCCACGAGGUGUGGAAGAUUCAGCUGGAGCUAGCCCGUGCUGCUGCAAGUGAUGAUCUGUUUGUAGCUGGGCUUGCUAAGCCAUUGCAAGAAAAGUUUCACAAAUAUUGGAAGAGUUGUUGCCUGGUGUUAGCAGUAGCUGUAGCUAUGGAUCCUAGGUUUAAGAUGAAACUUGUGGAGUUUAGUUUUACAAAAAUCUUCAUGGAUGAAGCUCCAGUAUACAUCCGAGUAGUAGAUGAGGGAAUCCACGAGCUUUUCCACGAGUAUGUGAGUCACCCUUGUCUUGAAGAUGGUGGUAAUGUAAAGAGAGAAGAUGAAGAGGGAGGUAUUCUAAACAGCAAUGGACUUACAGACUUUGAUAUGUAUAUUAUGGAGACUUCAAGCCAACAGAUGAAAUCAGAGUUGGAUCAGUAUUUGGAGGAGUCUCUGUUACCAAGGAUUCAAGAUUUCGAUGUGUUAGGUUGGUGGAAACUGAACAAAAUCAAAUAUCCAACCCUUUCAAAGAUGGCACGGGACAUCCUGACAGUUCCUCUAUCAACUGUUAGUGCUGAAUCUGUAUUUGAUUGUUCGUUCAAAGAGAUGGACUCGUACAGGUGCUCAUUGCGGCCUGAGACACUUGAAGCCCUGAUAUGCGCUAAGGAUUGGUUGCAGCCAGAUUCAACCAAUAUCUCAAAAGAACUAGUAGUCAAGAUGGAACUUUGAGUUCCGACUGUUUCUAAAUAAAUCUUUGUAUCAUGUCGAUGUGUAGGUAGGGGGUUUAUUUCAUUGCGCGUUAUAUUAUUUUCUAGUCCAGAUUGUGAAAAUGAUUCCUGACUCUUAGAUAGUCUCAUUGUAAGUCUUUAAGCAACAACUAUUCUGUUAUUUUUAUUAUAUAUACUCGUA